AUGCCUCCGACCGCGACAUGGACCAAAAUCUGCGAAAGCGAUGCUCUUCGCAGAUCGUCGCAGACCCUGACCGUCGUGAAUGGCGCGGUAUACAUCUUCGGGGGCGAACUACGCCCUCGAGAACCUGUAGAGUCGUCCGUGUAUCGGAUCCCGAAGAGGCAGGACGCGGACAUCGACACCUUCUUGUCAGCAUCGGCCGAUAAUGCCCCCCAAGCAAGAGUGGGAGCCACCUCCACAGCGCUCCACGGGAAGAUCUAUGUCUUUUCUGGCCGCGGAGGCGUAGCAGUGGCACCUAUCGAGGAGAACGGAGCAUUCUGGGUUCUCGAUACGACGGCCAAAGUCUGGUCGCAGGUCCUGCCCCGAGAUCCUGCUAGUCCACGGCCAGCGGGCCGCAGCUACCACGCCAUGACGAAUGAUGGGCAGGACACCAUAUUUGUCCAUGCGGGCUGUCCCGAAAAGGGCCGUCUGAGCGACCUUUGGGCUUUCAACGUUGUGGAACGGACAUGGCGGGAGUUGCCUGCUGCACCGGCACCGGAUCGAGGAGGCACGUCGAUCGCCUACACUCAAGGGAAGCUGUAUCGCAUGAAUGGUUUCGAUGGCAAGACCGAACAAGGGGGCGCGCUGGACGUGUUCGAUCCACAGACCAAUUCGUGGCAGACUGUUGGAUUUGACGCAGAUGGGAACCAGGGGCCCGGUCCUCGGAGCGUGAGUUGUCUUCUCUCGGUCGUUGUGGAUAACCAGCCAUGCCUCAUCACGAUGUUCGGAGAGCACGACCCAAGCAGCUUGGGACAUCAGGGUGCCGGAAAAAUGCUCGAUGAUGUGUGGAUAUUUGCGAUCCACUCUCAGAAAUGGAAGAAGCUCACGUUCGAGGGAGGAGGCGAAAAGCCGUGCCCUAGAGGGUGGUUCGAUGCCGAUGUUGCUGGAGAGACAGAGGUGGUGAUCCACGGCGGUCUAGCAGAGUCGAACCAGAGACUCGGAGAUAUGUGGCUGUUAGAUCUCGGCGUGGGUAUGCAAUCUUAG